CAGCAGCAGCUCUGACAGGUUGUUCCCUGCUCAGUACAGGCCUUACAUUCUGGCUUGACGUCAAUGACACCUGCAAACUGUGCCGAACAGGAACAAGGCAGAGGAGUGUUCAUAAAGUGCAGCUUACACAAAGAGAGCAACAAGCCAGAGAGAGAGAGAGAGAGAGCAACAAUUGCUUCACAGAUAGGAGACGUACUACACUGUUGAAACAUCCCGAAAUGUGUCUGGGCUUUACCGUGGACCAAUGCUAAGAAUAAAUAAGGGCAACAGCUAGGUUUGAGAAAAACAAAAUCAGACUAAGACUGAGAUGGGAAGUCAUCCCAGUAAGAGAAGACGGAGUUCUUCAUUGCAGUUUACUUCCAUUCAACCAGAAGUAUUUGAGAGACCUCAGCCACUUACAGCCAUGAACAAGUGCGUCGUUGUGGCGCUCUACGAUUACCCGUCAGGCGAUGCAGUGGAGCCCACCAUCCGCGUGGGACAGACAGUCACGAUUCUUGCAGAGGAAGGAGAGUGGUGGAGAGUGCGUUCGGCUUCUGGCAAAGAGGGUUACAUUCCCAACACAUACGCAGCUAAGGUUUUUCACAGAUGGCUUUAUGAAGGCAUCAGUCGCCAGAAAGCCGAGGAGCUGCUACUCCUGCCACCCAACCAGGCUGGCUCCUUCCUGAUUCGACAGAGCCAAACUCGAAAAGGGGCUUAUUCAUUAUCUGUGAGAAGGACAAAUAAUGUUUUCACAGACACUGUUAAACACUACAAGAUUAACAAGCUGGACAAUGGCUGGUAUUAUAUUUCACCAAGGCUCACUUUCCCCUCUUUGAAGGAUAUGGUGGACUUCUACGGUGAAAUGAAAGAAGGCAUUUGCUGUACUUUGACUGAGCCAUGUUGCAUUCAGGGUUCAAACAAUGUACCUGUGCAGAAUGUUCCAGAGCCUGUCAUUGUCAGGAAGCCAACUAUCAACUGGAAAGAGGUUGACAGCUCCAUGUUAUUUAACAAAGAUAAAGAAAACUCAGAUGAUACCUUAUUGAGUGAAGGCCUCCGUGAAGCAAUUAAUUCAUACCUGUUCAUGACGGAAGAAUUGGGAUCUGCCACAGAACUUAGCUAACCAGCGGGACUGACAGACCACCAGUGGUCUCGGGAUAUGUAAAAGGGAAACAUACAAGUUCUCUCACUUGACGUUCCCAACUUGGAGUGCUCUCAUUAUGUUUAAAGAUAUGUGCUUUAUAUGCAAAUGGUUUCACACCCUGCAGCACAAUUUGUUUUUCCUCAGAGACCAUUGCAGUCACAACUACAAACAUAUGGAUCAUCAAUUUGGUUACCAUUUAAAUAUUUAAAAUUAAAAAAAAAAAAAAAAGGAUCCAGUGUGAAUAUUAGUUUACAACACAGUUUCAGUGACAUCUGUUGAACGGAGACCCUGCAUGCAAUAGGCGGUCUUGAAACCACAUCAGUUAUGUGGUACACUGUAACUCUGGAAAUAUCCAGGUAUUAACAGCCCUUGUGGCAAGGACUGACAGUAUCUCCUCCAAGUACAGCAGGUUUCUGAUCAUAUUGUUAACACAAAUUAAGAGGGUGUUUUUAAAUGACUGCUCAGAACAAUGCUAAUCCUUCUUUUUCAGUUUUUAAUGGGAUGAUACAUUGGAAAGUUCACUGAACAUUCUUCAGCUGUACAAAGACACAGUUAAUGGUAGCAGCUAAAGAGAAGAUACUUUGCAUGUUUACUUUCUGGAGGUAUACCAAAGAGAUUAGGUUUUGAUGAAAGAAGAUUAAUAUUCAUUAGAUUGUAAUUUGCAUGCAAAUGACGAAAGCAAAAUGCAUGUACUCAUGAAUCUAUGCUCAUCCCAGGGAAGCAUGGCCAUGCACCUGUGGCCUUAAAGCUGCUCUACUACAUAAGUCCAUCUCUAUAAACUGCAAAACUACCAAGAUCUUGUGGUAUAGAAGUUUUAUCCUGGCACUGAAAAGUACUCUUUAUUAAAGAAUAUUAAUUUUAGCUGCUUGUACAUAUGUGCAGUCUAUUGUGCUAUACUAUACUAUAUGUAAAUAACUGUAAAUAUAAAUUAUUUCAUUUAAAAUA